CCCCCCCCCCCCCCCCCCCCCCCCCCCCCCCCCACCCCCCCCCCCCCCCCCCCCCCCCCCCCCCCACCCCCCCCCCCCCCCACCCCCCCCCCCCCCCACCCCCCCCCCCCCCCACCCCCCCCCCCCCCCACCCCCCCCCCCCCCCACCCCCCCCCCCCCCCACCCCCCCCCCCCCCCACCCCCCCCCCCCCCCACCCCCCCCCCCCCCCACCCCCCCCCCCCCCCACCCCCCCCCCCCCCCACCCCCCCCCCCCCCCACCCCCCCCCCCCCCCACCCCCCCCCCCCCCCACCCCCCCCCCCCCCCACCCCCCCCCCCCCCCACCCCCCCCCCCCCCCACCCCCCCCCCCCCCCACCCCCCCCCCCCCCCACCCCCCCCCCCCCCCACCCCCCCCCCCCCCCACCCCCCCCCCCCCCCACCCCCCCCCCCCCCCACCCCCCCCCCCCCCCACCCCCCCCCCCCCCCACCCCCCCCCCCCCCCACCCCCCCCCCCCCCCACCCCCCCCCCCCCCCACCCCCCCCCCCCCCCACCCCCCCCCCCCCCCACCCCCCCCCCCCCCCACCCCCCCCCCCCCCCACCCCCCCCCCCCCCCACCCCCCCCCCCCCCCACCCCCCCCCCCCCCCACCCCCCCCCCCCCCCACCCCCCCCCCCCCCCACCCCCCCCCCCCCCCACCCCCCCCCCCCCCCACCCCCCCCCCCCCCCACCCCCCCCCCCCCCCACCCCCCCCCCCCCCCACCCCCCCCCCCCCCCACCCCCCCCCCCCCCCACCCCCCCCCCCCCCCACCCCCCCCCCCCCCCACCCCCCCCCCCCCCCACCCCCCCCCCCCCCCACCCCCCCCCCCCCCCACCCCCCCCCCCCCCCACCCCCCCCCCCCCCCACCCCCCCCCCCCCCCACCCCCCCCCCCCCCCACCCCCCCCCCCCCCCACCCCCCCCCCCCCCCACCCCCCCCCCCCCCCACCCCCCCCCCCCCCCACCCCCCCCCCCCCCCACCCCCCCCCCCCCCCACCCCCCCCCCCCCCCACCCCCCCCCCCCCCCACCCCCCCCCCCCCCCACCCCCCCCCCCCCCCACCCCCCCCCCCCCCCACCCCCCCCCCCCCCCACCCCCCCCCCCCCCCACCCCCCCCCCCCCCCACCCCCCCCCCCCCCCACCCCCCCCCCCCCCCACCC